GGAACCCCGUUUUUGAUGACGAACAGUGACUUCCGGGAAUAAUUAGCACCUGUCAAACUUACUUGAGAAGGAACUGAAAAACGAAAUUAUGAAUUGGCUAAUCGGAAACAAAUCCAAGUCAACAGCACAAUCACAAACUAAUCUCCAGGCACAUCGUACUAAACAAAUUGAUUCAUUGAAAAAAGCAAAUUUAAACCCAAGUGAGAUAAUUCCAAACACAGAAUACAGAGUAACAUUUCGAUGUAAUAAUAACAAUAUAACUUUAGUCAUCACACUUCCUCCACAGUUUCCACAAGAUCCACCUACGGUUACUGUAGAACCAUUGGUUAAUCAUUCAUGGGUGGAUACACAAGGCAAGCUGAUUGGUUGUCCAAGUUUAAGUUCUUUUACAAUGCAUUCUAGUCUAGGCCAGAUCACACAGAGCAUUAUAGAAGAAUUCAGAAGAAGUCCACCAUCACUUGUAUCUCAAGGAUUCAAUCCAGGAGCACCAAUGCAAUACCCACAUACUGGUCCUCAGUCAGGAGCACAAGGUGGACCCACAGGAUAUCCAAUGUAUGGUGGAUAUAAUCCUUAUACAUCACCAAGUCUCCCACCACAGACAGUUUCAGCACCGACUAUUCCAUCAAGUAGUUCUGGUCCAAGUGUACCAGAUGAUGAAUUAAGGUUACCAGAUGUGUUUGCUGCCUUCCCAGAAUUAAAAACUAAAAGUCUUACAGAAUUAAAUGGAUUAUUAAAUGAAGAAGACAAAAUCUUAGAAAUGAUACAAAAAAUGUCAGAAGUAUCAAAAAUGAAAGAAGACAGAGAAAAAUUAUCUAGUGAAUGUAUAGAACUAGCUAAAGAAAAUUUAUCGAAGAAACCAAAGAUUCAACAGAUGAGACAAUGGGUUGGUGAAAAGAAUCAACUUUUUGAAAGAUCAAGGGAAGAAUUUGAGCGAGAUCAAGAGAAGCUUAUGUCACUGUCUGAUACAUUCCAUCCAACAAACAUUCAGACGAACAUGAAAGUCGCAUUAAUGGAGGCAGAGGAAGAAUCUGAAAAAAUUGUAGAUGAAUUUUUAAAUAAAAAGAUGGAGAUUGAUGAAUUUACACAAAAGUUUCUCCAGAUAAGAAUGCAAUCACAUUGUCGGAGGGCUAAAGAAGAAAAAUUAAACCAGUUAAUUCACCAGAGUAGAUAUUGAUGUGACCUUUAAAAUAUAGGGAUGUGACAUAAAGACAGACCAAUGUUACAAUAUGAUAGAGUUACUCGUGGGUUGUGAUAUGAACUUAGGGCAGAAAGACAAAUUAAGAUAUCGAUUAUGAAGGAUUUGAAUUGAGAUAUUCAUUGUGAUAAGAAAUACUUGCUGACUACUGGCAGUUAUCUGUUUAUAUUGGACUAAUAUAUGUAUCACGUAAUAGUUGUAAUGGAAAAAAGUCUUUCCUGGAAAUAACUAUAAUUAACUAAUCAAGAUUUGUGUUCAUAUUGUAGACUUGUAUAAUUAUUUUGGAAUAGUCUAUUUUUCCAUGUUUCCAAUGACAAACAUAUCUACAACUAUAGCAUGGCACUUCAUAUUUCUUGACCAUUUGAUUUCAUGAUAUUGCUUUAAUAGGCUUUUAAAGAUAAAAACACAUUUAUAACUUAAUCUGAAGAAAAUACAAUAACAAGGAAUUAUCAAUUCGGGGCCAGAUAUAAAGAAAAAAAAAAAUUUUGCGAUAAAAAAAUUUGAUUUUUAUCUUUGCUAGAAAUUAAGGCUACUUAUGUAUAUUUUCAAGUGCUGUGAUUGGUAAAAACUAUCAGAAACAAUAAUUAUUCACACAGUGAAAUAACAUUAUUUUUCACAAUUGUGUAAGAUCACAUAAAUUACCAAUAGACCUGAUAAUUUUGAAUUACAAAAUGACAGUAAUUAUAACUUGCCAAAUAUUAUCAUUGUAAAAGUGUUGUAUAAUGAUAACUUUGAAGAUAGAACCUUUGCCAUUAUAGUUUUGUUAUUAUUUAUGACAAUGAUCAUGUUAUUAUUCCAUUGAUCUGUAUAUUUUGAGCUGUUUUGUAAAAUAUUCAUAAAUUAUUGUUAUCAAAUUCCUUUGUUGAUGUUAUUUAUUUAUUUCGCAAUGUAGUAUUUUUUAUGAAAUUCUUUUAAUGUAAAAUGUUUUAAUGGGAGAAAAUAUUUACUGCUUUUUAUAAAUCAUUGAAUAAAAUGUCUUGUAUUGUAUACAAACUUAAUUUCUGACAAAUGAAGACAAGAAAUACUUUUUUAGAUCAAUUACACUAGAACCAUUUCAUGGAAAUUCACAUGAUACUCUAAAACCACUAGAAAACGAAAUUUUGAAUGUUUUUCGGUGCUGAAAAUAACUGUAAUGGAUAAUAUAGAUUAGACUUAUCUUUAUUUAUUGAAAUGUAUUGUUUCUCUUGCACUUGUUAAAUAUAAAAAGCAUCUGAAUAAAUUGACAUCUGUAUUUUGUU